AUGACCCAGGACCGGCUCGCGCGGCGGGUCCUCGAGAUCGACGCGCUGCCCGAUCCCUCGGACCGGAUCGCGUCCUACAAGACCCUCGCCGCCGCGAUGGUCAAGGACUCCGAGGGCAUGAAGAACGACGCGCCGGCGACGACCCCGGGCAAGAGCGUGCGGAGCGAGACCCUCGUGCCGGACGCGCGCGACGCGAAGCGGAUGCCGCCGAGCGACGGGCAGGGCAGGACAAGGGUGAUUCAACGCGACGGGCGCCGCGCCGCGUUCGACCAGAGGCUCCUGUCGCCCACGAAGAACGAGCGCCCCGCCGGCGGGUUGAAGGAGCUGGACCCCCGGCUCCGGUCGCCCGGCUCGGACAGCUCGUCCUUUGGCGGCUCCGAGGACCCGCUCGGCGACGUCGGAUCCGAUACCGCUUCGGACACCGACGAGUCGGCCGCGGGCCACGCCGGGCCCACCCCGAGCCGCGUCCUGCGACCCGGCCGAGGGCCGCGGCGCGCGCCGGCGGACGACGACGAAGGCCGCGCGACCGCGGACGACCCGUCGACGAGCCACGCGAGCGGCUCCGCGGCCGACGUCGAUUCCCCCGCGAAGAGCGACGCGUCGAUCGCGAACGCGCCGGGGGAGCCGGGCCACAUGGACGAGACGGCCCUGAGCCUCGUCGGCUCGGGGUUCUCGCUCUCCGGCAUCGCGAGGCUGUUCCAGUCGAGCGCGCUCGAGGUCCUCUACAGGCUCCUGAACGCGGACCCGCACUGGCGGCCCGCGGGCCUCGCGCCGCGCGUCGCGCCGCCCUCCGACGAGGACAUCGAGUGCGCGCGCCGCGUCCGACAUCGGUACGGGGCGGUGGCGGCGGCCCAGGCGACCAUCGACGAGCACCCGCAGCUCGACGGCCUCGUAGCCGCGGUCGCGCGCCGCGAGGACCUCCACGCGCGGAAUCUGAGGUUCUCGAAAGGCCUGCUCCUCAAGCUCAAGGCGCGCGUGCUCGACGUGGUCAUCGACCGCGGCGGCGCCCAGGACGGCUACCUCGGCCUCACGCCCGAGCUCCUGCUCCAGGCCGCGUCGCCGGACAGCCCGCGGUGCCGCGAGGCCCGCGUCUACCUCCUGGCCUUCGUGCUCGUCUUCACCGGCGGGCGGAAGGAGUGCACCCGCACCCCUCACGACACGCCGUCGAUCAUCGGCCAGCGCGCCGAGGGCUUCGUCACGCCCGAGGGGGACCGCGCGCCGCUCGUCGUCCACGUGCCGCCGGCGCACGUCGCCGAGGCGGGCGCGCGCGUCCUCCGCCGCUUCCUGGCGCGGCCGUCCCGGCGCCCCGGCGGCAAGUGCGACUGGCGCCGCGCCAUCGCGCGGUCCGGGCGCGACGACCUCUCCCCCCUUCUCGUCCUCGAGACGAAGCACGUGUUCGGCGGCGACCGGCCGCCGGGCACGGCGCGGCUCGCCUGGGUCGAGCACGAUUUGCUGCUCCGGGCUGGCGGCGUCGAGGCUUUGGUCCUCGCGCUCAACGCCGCGGUCCGCGCGCUGCGCGACCUGCGCCUCGACAAGACGCAGCGGCUCCACCUCGAGACGGACACGCGCGAGUACAUCCUCGACGCGGUGUGUCCGGUGGGGGAGCGCCUCGCGCUCGUCAUGCCCGAGGGCGAGCCGUCGCAGCAGGGUGUCUCCAUAGUCCGCGCGAUCUGGGCCGUCGACCAGGCGACGACGGCCGCGCGGCGCGCGGAGUUCAACGCGUCGCACAAGAUGUCGAGAAGGGCAAUCAUCUACAACGCGAUAUUCAUGCACAUGAGCAACCGCGCGGUCCCCCUCGACCCGCUCACCUUCCUCCUCCACCUCGACGCCCACGACGUCUUCGAGAUGGCCCUGCGCGACGCCGACAUGCGCGUCCGGCCCAUAUACCGCAGCAGCAGCGCGGCGCCCGACGCGUCGUCCACAUCUCGCGACGCGCCCCGCGACGACGCCGCGCGCGUCGCCGCCGAGGUCAAAGCGUUCAUCAAGGAGAUCAAGGAAGAAGCGCCCCGGCGCGACGAGGACUACGACGCGGACAACGCCAACGAGAUGAAACGAGAGCUCAAGUCCGUCACGGAGGCCCUGUCGUCGCUCGCCGGCAACCCGGACGUCGCCGCGCUUCGGGCCGAAGUCGCGAGCCUGCGCGGCGCCCUGGCGUCCCCCGACGACCGCAAGCGCAAGGCCACGUACGCGAACCUGCAGAAAGACGUCGACGAGCUCCGGUCCCGCCGCAAGAGCGCCGCGCGGUCCGCGAGCCCGAAGCCCGUCGACGAGCGGAAGCUCCUCGACGCCAUGCAGGCGCAGUUUCGCGCGUACGCCGACGAUCUCAAGCGCGAGAUCAAGAGCGGCCACGACAGCGACGACGUCAAGCGCGAGCUCGCGAAUCUCCACCGCGGCCUCGCCGACCUGAAGGAGUCGCCGCGGUUCCACGGGCCCGAGGCGGAGGCGCCGAUCUCGGCCAUCUUCAAGGAGAUCGAGCAGCUCCGCGAGGAGCAGCGCCGCGUGCCCGAGGCCCAGCCGCCGGCCCAGGAGCCGCGGAAGCAGCGGCGCAUGACCUACGACAAGAUCGCCAUGGACCUGGACCGCCUCAAGCUCGACGUCGCGGCGACGGCCGAGCGCGAGCGGCACCUCGAGGAGCGCGAGGACCGGCUCGAGGACCGGCUGCUCAACAGCGGCCGCGGGCGGGACGACGACGCGGUGUCGACGGCCGUCGUCGCCCUCGAGAGCCGCCUGGGCGCCUACUUCGGCGCGCUCAAAUCCGACCUGGAGCAGUCGAGCCGCCAGGCGUCCGCGCGCGACGAGGCGACGAGCGAGCUGGAGAGCUUGAAGCGGCAGGCGCCGGCCAGCGUCCAGGAGCUCCAGGUCGCGCGCCGCGUCGAGGAGCUCACGCCGCGGCCGGAGGAGGGCGCGGCGCUCCGCGCGAUGGAGGCGAGGAUCGUCGCCAUGGCCGACGAGCUCCGCCACGCGCAGGAGGACGCGCGCCACGCCCAGGAGGACGCGCGCGAGGCCAAGGCCGGCGCGUCGCGGGACAACGAGUUCGGCCUGCUCCGCGGCGACGUCCGCGCGCUGUCGCAGACCGUCGAGUCGCUGUCGCCCCGCGGCGGCGGCCGCGCGCUCUUCGGCGACGCGCGCCACGAGGACCCGGACUUCGAGCGGCUCCGGCGCGACGUCGACCGCCUCUCCGGCGAGGACCGCCUCUCCGCGGACAAGCUCAAGGAGGCCGUGUCAUCGUCCGUGGCCAAGGGCCUCGAGGCCGCGACGCCCCGCCGCGACGACCAGGCCUCGGAGCUCCAGCGGGCGCUCCUCGCGCAGUCGACCGCCCUCAACGCGCUUACGGAAGAGAUCCGCCGCGACCGGGGCCGCGACGCGCCCGCGGGCACCGGCGAGCUCGAGCAGCUGCGACUCCGCUUCGAGGCCGUCGAGCGGCAGCAGCGCGAGACGCCGUCGGCCGCGGCCGACGACCGGCUCAAGGCGGAGCUGCUGAGCGCCAUCAAGAGCGAGACGCAGGCGCGCGAGCUCAAGGCGCGCAUGCUCGAGCGGGAGGGCUCCGCCGUGGCCCAGCUCCAGCAGCAGAUCCUGCAGCUCAAGGACGACGUCGCCCGGAGCCAGAACCAGGGCGAGCGCGACGCGGGCCGCAAGGACCUCGAGUCCAUGCACCGCCAGCUCGAGGAUCUGAAGCGCGCGCCGCCCAGCACGGACGAGCCCUACCGCCUCCUCGAGCGCCAGUUCGUCGAGCACGCGCGGGCCAUGCGCGCGGCGGCGCGCGACGACCUCCGGAGCCUUCGCGACACGGCCGCCGAGGCCGGGUCGCGGUCGCCGCGGUCGCACGGCGAGUCCGUCGCCGCGGCGAGCCUCGAGCGCCAGCUGGAGAAGAUCUCCGACGACAUGGCCGAGCUCAAGUCCUCGAAGCGCGACGGCGACCCCCUGGCCCAGCUCCGCGCGCGGCCGGCGUCCGCCGCGUCGCGCCGGUCGUCUCGCGCGGACGUCGACGGCGUCCAGGGCGCGAUCCGCGCGAUCCGCGACGCCGACGGCCGCACGGCCGCGCGGGGCGAGUUCGAGGCCAUCGCCGCGCGCGUCGACGCCGCGGAGCAGGCCCAGCGCGACGGCGAGGCGCGCGUCCUCUCGGCCCUCGACGGCCAGCUCAAGGUCGUGACCGACCAGAUCGCCGAGCUCGGCCGGAAGCGCGAGCGGACGGCCCACAAAGACCUCGAGGACCGCGUGUCCGGCCACGUCGAGACGCUCAAACGCGAGGUCGACCUCGUCCGCGACGCGCCCAAGGAGAACGUGGCGCUGCGGCGCGCAGCGGCGUCCGAGGUCACGAAGCUCUCCGAGGACGUGGCCGCGUUGAAGGCCCACGCGCAGCACGCGCGGUCCGCCGACGGCGUCGAGGACCGGCUCCGGUCGCUCGCGGAGACGGUCCAGAACCUGCCGACGUCGCUCUCCCGCGACGCGACGUCCGACGCCGUCAAGCAGCUCUCGGAGACCGUGCUCGGCGAGCUCCGGCGGCGCGACGCGGCGCCCGUCGCGGCGCGGCCCGACGUCGACGAGAAGCUCGCGCUCCGCUUCGAGAGGCUCGAGCGCGCGCUCGAGAACGCCGUCGCCCAGCGGCCCGCCCGCGCCCCCGACGACGGCGCGCUCGAGCGGCGCCUCGGCGCCGUCGACGCCGCCUUGGACGCCGUCAAGCGCGACGUCGCCGACGCCGUGGGCAAGCAGCGCGACGCGGCGGACGCGCUGGCCAGGAGCGUGGACGCGCAGCUGCGCGACGUCCGCAAGUCCGUCGACGACGGCCGCGCCGAGAGCGCGCGCUUGCUCGAAGCGACGACGGCGAAGCUGUCCGAGGAGCUGCGGGCCCACAAGUCGACCAGCGGCGACGCGCGCGCGUCGAUGGCCCUCGAGCUCAAGGCGAUCCACGACGCCGUCGGCGCGCUCAAGGAGACCGUGCGCAGCGCGUCCGUCGAGGCGCCCCUGCGCGCGUUGGAGUCCCAGAUCAACACGCAGACGUCGACCUUGCGAGAGACCAUCGAGCGGGAGAGGGACGCGACGCGCGAGUCCACGCGCGACCUCGUCCGCGAGGAGCUCCGCGGGCUCCGAGCGAAGACGUCGGACCUCCGCGAGGCCGUCGACGGCGGCGUCGUGUCCUCCGCGGCGGCGUCCGGCUUCGAGACGCUCAGCAAGCGCCUCGACGACUUCGUCGAGGAAGUCCGGCGCGAGCUGCGCAAGGGCGGCGCCCUGGGCACGCCGCAGACGCCCGUGCGCUUCUCCGAGGACGCCCCGGAGAUCCGCGACCUCGUGAAGCGCGUCGAGGCCGCCGAGGCGAGCGGGACCGCGAAGGUCGACGCUUUGCAGGAGCGCGUCAAGCUGCUCGCCGACGACGCGCGGCGCCACGAGGAGACGCGCUGGUCCGCGCGCGACCAGCAGACGACGCAGACCCUGAAGGACCUGGAGCGGCGCCUCGAGGAUCUCCAACGGACGCAGUCCCGGGACCGCGAGUCGCCGCGGCUGCUCGAGAAGCGCCUCGACGACGUCGAGCGGCGCGUCCAGAGCUCGCCGACGCCCUACGACUCGUCGAAGCUCGAGGCGUCGUUCUCGUCGGCCCUCGAGCAGGGCAAGCGCGAGUCCGAGGCGCGGUCGGCGGCGCUCGAGCGGUCCUCGGACGCGCGCGUCGCGGCGCUCGAACGGGCCGCGGAGGCUCGAUCGAAGGCGCUCGAGCAGUCCAUCGCCGACCACGGCGCGCGGUUGACGGCGGAAAUGACAAAACUCCGGGAGUCCACGGCGCGGGAGCGCGCCUCGGGCGAGGUCGCGGCGCUCGCGGCCAAGGUCGGCGAGCUCUCGGCCGCGCCGAGGACGGACGGCGCGAGCGACGCCGUCCGGCUCCUCGGCGAGCAGCUCAAGGAGCACGCGACGGCCGUGAAGGACACGCUCGAGGGCCUGACGGGCUGGCGCGACGAGCACACGAAGGAGGCGCUGCAGAAGUUGGACGCGCGCCUCGACGCGCUCGCGGCCGACGUCCGCGAGGCCGGCCGCGCGGCGCCCGCCCCCGCGGCGCCGUCGGCGCUCGAGGCCCAGGUCCAGGAGCACGCCGUCGCGCUCGCCGAGGCCAUGCGCCACCUCAAGGAGUCGUCCGCGCGCGACACCGCGAGCGACGAGCUCCGCGCGCUGGCGGCCAAGGUCGCGGCGCUGGCCGCGGCGCAGCAGGCGGCGUCGGAGAAGACCGUCCUCGCCGUGGAAGCGCAACUGAGAAGCCACGACGACCGCCUGAGAGAUGCGCUCCAGGCGACGGCCCUCAACGACGUGUCGAGCCGCGAGGAGCUCAAGGGUCUGGAACGGCAGGUGUCCUCUUUGCGCGACGCGACGAAGGACGCGUUCGAGAAGCUCAUCGUCCAGCACACGGCCUCGCUUCGCGAGGACAUGAGCAAGCUCCGGGAGUCGUCCGCGCGCGACCGCGCCGCCGACGAUCUGGCGGCGCUCCGGAGCGACGUCGACGCGCUCUCGCGGAACCCGCGGUCCGACGAGUCCGUCGUCAAGGCCGUCGAGGCGCAGCUCGCGCUCCACAGGGCCCACGUCGACCGGGCCCUCGCCGACGCCACGGACGACGGCACGAAGGAGGCCCUCGCCCGGCUCCAGGCGCGCAUGGACGACGUCGUCGAGGCGUCGCGGUCCGAGAAGCCGGCGCCGGCCGUCGACGAGCGCUUCGUGGAGGCGGCGAUCGCGAAGCACGGGGCGUCGCUCAUGGCGGAGAUGGGCCGCUUAAAAGACGCGGCGGCGCGGGAGAAGGCGUCGGACGAGAUCCGCGUCCUCCGCGAGAAGCUCGAGAGCCGGCCGGCGGAGGACGGCGUCGUGCAAACUUUGGAGCGCCAGCUCGCGAGCCACACGGCGACGAUCCAGUCCGCGCUCAAGGACCGCGCGGCGCCGUCCGAGGAAUUGUUGGCGCUGAAGAGCGCCGCGGGAGCCGGCGUCUCGUGUUUUGUCGAACAGCUGCAGCGAACCGCGUCGGACCGCGGCGCCGACGUCGCGCGCCUGGAGCGGGCCAUCGAGACGCAGAUCUCCCAGAUCCGCGCGGACUUUCGCGACCUCGCGCGGUCGACGACCCGAGACGCCGCCGCGGCCGAAGUCCAAUCCCUCAAGGAAAAGGUCGCCGAGCUCGCCGCGAGGAAGCCCGACGACCGCGCCGUCGUCGACGCCGUCGAGCGCCAGGCGGACCGGCUCGCCGCGGCGGUCAAGGACGCGGCCGCGGCGUCGCGCGGCCGCGACGGCGACGCGUUCCAGACUUUAGCCGCCGCCGUCGACGACCUCAAAAGGGCCGCGGCCGCGCCGCCGGACACGAGCGCGCUCGCCAAGCAGAUCGAGACGCACACGGCCGCGCUCCGCGCGUUUCGCAGCGUCGCGCAAUUUGGGAAAGUUUUUGAAAUGAAACUCGCAGGCGAGGAGAUGCGCCACCUGCGGGAGUCGACGUCGCGCGACGCGGCCGCGGACGAGGUCAAGAACCUCCGCGAGAAGUUCCUCGAGUUCCAGGUCGCGGCGAACGCGCCCCGCGACGACCGCGACGCCGUCGCCCGCAACCUGGAGGCCCAGCUGGCCAAGCACACGUCCGCCGUCACCGCAGCGAUCCGCGAGACGUCGCGGAGCGACGGCGCGAGGGACGACCUGAAGAGCCUCCAGCUCGAUUUCCGCGCGCUCCAGGACACGGUGGCACGGGGCCUGGAGGACGCGCGGCGCGAGCGGCGCGCCGUGCACGAGGCGCCCGCGCCCGCGUCCGAGUCGCCGCGGCUGAAGGCGCUGGAGCGGUCCAUCGCGGACAUCGCCACGGGCCUCAAAGACGACAUGGCGCGGCUCCGCGAGUCGACGGCGCGGGACCACGCCGCCGGCGCGUUGGCGUCGCUGUCGGAGAAGGUCUCCGCCCUGCAGUCGCGGCGCCCCGAGGAGCCGGCGUCGACGGUCGCCCGCAACCUGGAGGCGCAGCUCGCGCAGCACGCGGACCGCGUGCAGAACGCCAUCCUCAACUCGAACACGCGCAGCGACGGCGUCAAGGACGAACUGCGGCAUCUGCAGCAGACCAUGCUGGACGUCCAGCGGCAGACGCGCGACGCGGCCGAGGGCAAGUACCAGGGCAGGACAAGAGAGCGAAAUUCCCAACUUCAAAGCCUCAUAUCUCGGCCGUUUUCCACUCGCAAGCACGCGGACGUGUCGGCGUCCGUGCGAAACCUCGAGCAGCAGCUCGCGAGCCACAGCGCGUCGCUCCGCGACGAGAUGAGGCACGUCACGGAUGGCGCGGCGCGCAGCGCCGCCGCGGAGGAGCUACGGCGCCUCCACGAGACCGUCGCGGAGCUGAAGCGGCGCCCCGACGCCGAGGACGGGUCCGCCGUCGCCGUCAAGGCCCUCGAGCUUCAGCUCCAGCAGCACACGGCCACGAUUCGCGACGCCAUCACGUCGACGCGCAGCGGCGACCCUCGGGCCGACGAAUUGCGGUCGCUCCAGCAGCAGGUCGUGGAACUUCGCGAGAAGAGUCGCGCGGACGCGGCGAUCAGCGCCGCCAUGGUCGCGAUGACGCCCACGAAGGACGCGACCAUGGAGCGCGAGUUCGAGAAGCACACGUCGGCGCUCCGCGCGUACGGCCGCGUCCGCCUCGAGAUGCGCGACCUCAGGGACGGCGCGGCGCGCGACCGCGCGUCCGAGGAGAUCAAGAUCCUCACGGACCGCGUCGGCGCGCUGUCGUCGUCCGACGACGGCGGCGCGUUGAAGGCUCUGGAAACGCAGCUCAACCAGCACACGGCCAUCAAGGAGACGAACGCCGCCGGCGACGCGCGGAGCCGCGACGCGCGAGACGAUCUGCGACGCCUCCAGGAGCAAGUCCUGGCGCUCCAAGAGAAACAAGCGCGGGCGUCGGCCGCGGCGAUCGGCGAAAUUCGCGACCAGGUCGGCGAGCUUCGACGGACCGCGGCGGACCAGGGGACCGCCGCGGGCAGGCUCGAGGCGUCCAUCGCCGCGCAGACGGCCCAGCUGAAGGACGACGUGGGCCGCCUGCUCCGCGAGUCGACGCAGGCGGCCGCCGCGCUGUCGGAGAAGGCGUCGGCCGACGUCCGGCUCCUCGCGGAGAGGGUCUCGGCGCUCCAAGCCGCGACGAACCACGACAGCGCGGAGCGCGACGUCGUCAAGGUCCUGGAGGCCCAGCUCGCCGGCCACACGCAGUCGCUCCGCGAGGCCAUCGUCGAGCGGCGCGGCGAGACGGAGGGCGAGCGCGCGCUGCGAGCGGAGCUCGAGGGCCUCAAGAGGCACAUGGACGAGCUGCGCGCCGCCGCGGCGAAGCCGCCGCCGGAGCCGUCGACGAAGGCGUUGGAGGAGGCCAUCGCCGCGCACACGUCGUCGCUUCGCGAGGAUUCCCGCGUCUCCUCGGCGAACGUUGAGAAGAAAAAAAACACGCGCCGCACCACAGGCGAGGAGAUGCGCCACCUUCGCGAGUCGACGGCCCGGGACCGCGCCGCCGACGACCUGACGGCGCUCGCCGAAAAAGUCGCGCGGCUCGAGCAGGGCGCGCCGGGGCAGAAAGACGUCGCCGCGUCGUUGGAGGCGCAGCUCGCGCAGCACGCGAAGACGCUCACGGCGGCCAUCGAGGGCGGGCGCGGCGAGGACCGGCGCGACGACGAGCUCCGGCGCCUCCAGGCUCAGGUCGACGACGUGCGGCGCCAGGCCGAGGCGGCCGCGCGGCCCAAGACGGCGCCCGCGCCCGCGCCGACGGACGACGAGACCAAGGCGGCCGUCGCCAAGCUCUCGGACCGCGUCGCGAGCGUCGUCGAGGAGCUCCGGGGCGACCGGAGCCGCGCCGCCGAGGCCGAGGCGCGGAGCCUCAAGGACGAGGUGAAGAGCCUCGAGGCUCGCCUCGAGAGUUCGGGCGGCGAGCGGAGCCGCGCGUCCGCGGAGAAGCUCGACGGCGCCCUCGCGCGCCAGCGCGAGGCGCUGGAGCAGGUCCUCCGGGACGCGACGCGGGAUUUAAGGGACGAACUGCGGUCGACGGACGGCGCCGCGAAGGCGCGGGCCGCGGACCUCGAGGGCAAGCUCUCGAGCGCCGCGGCGGCGGAGGCGUCGCGCGCGACGGAGCUCAAGCAGCAGCAGGACCUGAUUCGCCAGGUCCAGAGCCAGCUCGAGGCGACGCAGCGCCAGCUCGACGAUCUCCGGGGCGCCCACGACCGCGACGCGGCGUCCGCCGAGAAGGCGCGGCAAGCUCAGGAGACGACGGCGCGCGAGCUCGCGGAGCUCCGCCGCGAGCGCGAGCGCGAGGCCCUCUCGGCGGCGGCGGCGGAGCGCGCGGCGCUCGACUCGGCCAUGAAGGCCCAGACGGCGGAGGUGGCCGCGCUCAAGCUCAAGCUCGCGGAGCGGGAGGCCGAGCCGCGGCCGUCGGGGACCGCCGCGUCCCUGGAAGCCAUCCAGAAGCAGCUCGAGGAUCUCGCGUCGUCGCGGACGCGCCGGGGCCGGCGGCGCGACGGCGACUCGAGCGGCGACGAGGCGUCGGACCACCUGAAGCUGCUCCGCCGCGAUCUCGCGGAUCUCAAGCGAUCCCGGGAGGAGGACGCCGCGGCCGCGCGCGAAGCCCUGGAGGACAUCGCCAAGCAGCUCGGCGACGUGCGCCAGAGCCAGGCGCCCCAGGUCGAGGACCACCACGACGAGGAGCUGCUGCUCCGGAGCCGCGGCGCGCGGGCGAACCGGCGGUCGCGGCAGCGGUACCAGGCCGACGACGACGAGUCGUCCCUCGGCAGCGGCCCCGCCGCCCGGCGGUCGCGGCGGCCCUACAACUCCAACGUGAUCCACAACACGAUCCACGCGGCCGCGCCCGCGGCCGCGCCGCGCGCGCCGCCCGUCUCCGACGCGCUCCGCGCCGAGCUCGACGACAUCCGCGACGCCCAGGAGCGCAACGCGGCGGCGGCGCGCGCGGCCAUGGACGUCGUCCAGCGCCAGCUCGGCGCCCUCGCGGGCCUCGACGCCUACGACGCGCCGCGGACCGCGCGGGGCCCCGGCCCGUCGCCGGCCGACGACGACCCCGACGAGGCCCUCGUGCCCCGCGAGCCGCUGCUGGCCGCGCGCGCGGGCGACGACGCCUACGCGGCGUCGUCGCUGGACGCCGUGCGCGGCCGUUUAGGGGCCAUGCGCGAGCGGCGGUUCCGCGAGGCGCAGGACGCGGAGCGGCUCGAGCGCCGCGCGUUGCGGUCGACGAUCCACGCGGCGCGCCGCGACGUCGCCGGCGAGGGCCAGGAACUGCGCCAGAUGCUCGGCCUCAUGCAGGACCAGCUCAAGACGCUGGACCGCGUCGUCGGGCUCGAGCCCUUCGCCGCGACGCCGCGCCGCGACGAGCCGCGCGACGCGGUCUUCGAGGCGCCCGCGCCGCCGCCGGCCGACGACGCGCUCAAGACUUUGAAGCACAUCCAGGCCCAGCUCGCCGACGCCCAGGCCGCGCGCAACGAGGAGGCCGCGAGCCGCGAGACGGCCGUGAAAGAGCUCGCCGCGGAGCUGGAAGUGUUAAAGCGCGAGAAGAAGGAGUCGGCCUGGACGAGCGACGUCCUGGGCAAGGCGCGCGAGGACGCCGCGGAGACGUUGCGCCUGUCCAUCGAGCCCCUCGCCGAGCGGCUCCAGGGUCUCGAGGAGGCGCGGGCGAAGGGCGAGGCCGGCGACGGCGCGCGGGACGAGGAGCGGCGGGCCAAGGCGGCCGACGACCUCCGGGCGUCCUUCGCGGCCGAGCGGUCGGGCUACGAGGCGCGCGUCGCCGCGUUGGAGCAGGACCUCGCCGCCGCGGAGGCGCGGGCGGCCAAGGCCCAGGAGGACAAGGCGGCCGCGGACGAGGACCGCGACGACGCGGCGUCGCGGCUCGAGGCGCUCGAGCGCGCCGCGGCGGACCCGACGAAGGCUUUAGUGGACCGGAGUCGCGUCGUCGACGCCCUGCGCGCCCAGCUCGCCGACGCCGACGCCGCGAAAGAUCGGGCCGAGCGCGCGACGGACGUCGACGGCUUCGCGCGCCAAGCGGCCGAGGACCUCGCGGCCGCGCGCCGCGAGGCCGGCGAGUGGCGGCGGCGCGCCGAGGGCGCGGACCGCGCCUGGGCGGACCUGAACCGCGACCGCGACGCGGCCCUCGCCGGCGAGCGGGGCGCGCGCGCGGAGCUCGAGGCGCGCGAGGCCGAGUUCCUCGGGACGCUCGCGGAGCGCGACGCGCGGUGCUCGAGCCUCCAGCGCGAGAUCGCGCACCUCGCCCGCGACGGCGAGGGCGACAAGCGCCGCGCCGACGCCGUCACCGUCCUCCGCGACGCGCUCCUGAAGACGCAGGCCGAGGACGUCGAACGCGCGCGGACCGCGCUCGCGCGGACGCGCGACCUCCUCGCGGCCCGCGACGCCCUCGCGCGCGCGGCGCCCGACGCCGACGCCGCGGCCUGGCGCGCCCGCGCCCGCGAGUACGAGGACAAGUACCGGACCGCGGAGGCCCAGGGCGCCGUCGGCGACGUCCUCGCCGCGCGCGCGACCGCGGACCACCUCAACCUCGAGCUCGCCCGCGAGCGGCGGCGGACCAAGGCGCGGAAGGGCGGUUGA